AUGCCGCCGCGAAAGAGGCAACGCCCUAAUCCCGCUGCUCUGAGCUCGUCGAGCCUGCCAACCACGGCUCUGUCGCCUGAGACGUCACUGUCACUGGCGUCAUCUGCCUCGGCGCAGCAAGCUAGCGAGCAGAAAAGGCCUCCACAGCCUGGAUCCAGCAGCGAUCACAAGCCUUCGGAUGCGUCACUUUGGGUAAAAGAGGUUCGGAAAACCAGCAGCUGGUACGCAACGUGGGCGAAGCCCGCAAAGGCCACAGCCUCGACAUCGAUCGCCCGGGAGAAUAUAUUGGGAGACACUGUUAGAUCUAGGAACGCACCCGAUUUCUCUCGAUUCGACACGAAGCGAAGCGAAGACGAUACGCACCUCCCCGACAGACCCGACUCAGCUGCGCCACCUGCAUCGCUUUCGUCCAAGUCUAGCAGCUCAUCUACGACCAAGAAAAUAGAAGAGAACAAGCCGGUAGAUUCUUUACGUGCCGGAGAUAAAGAUACCAGGGCGUCGGGACCUGCUCCGGAGAUGCCCCCGAUUCCCAAGACAAAGCCGGCUACUGAGCAGCAAACCCCGGAGCCGCAGCCUUCUCAGGAGCCGCAACCUGGACCGGAGGCUCCUACCGGCGAAGAUGUACAAGGAACCGAUGCUAAAGAUGCUUCACAAAAACAGGCAGCUUCGGCUGGGUGGUUCGGCUGGUGGGCUAGAGCUUCACCUGCCGAACCUCCUGCUCAGGUCGCGCCAAACCCCCCAACGAUAAAAGAAGAAGAGGCUUCUGAGCCCACCAAAGCUGCCGAGCCAGCUGAACCAGCAUCCCUUGAGCAAGCGCCCCCUUCUGAGCCUCCAGCUGCCGAGAGUGCUCCAGAUGUUCCAAAGACGGCCUCUUGGUUUGGCUUUUGGUAUGGCAAUCCGCAACCAGACACGAAAGCAGCUUCAGUGCCUGAGCCAGACGCACCUAAAGAACGACCAGCAGUUCAAGACGACGACGCAUCUUCGAAGCAGGGAACAGCUACAGAAUCAACAGCCCCAUCAGGCAAAAUGACUCCACUCAAGAAUGAACGCUCGAAAGACUCAACCGCUACCGUAUCGCGAUCGUCCAGCAAGAAAUCAAAAAUUGAUGAAGAAUCCGCAGCGAAGGCCAAAGACGUACCUACACAAGAUGUCUCGCCGCCUGAAGCGCUGCCGGCACAAAGCCCUCCUCCCAAAGCCGGCUCUACCUGGGCUUUUUGGUACAGAGAGCCCUCGAAGAGUAAGGAUAAGGCGCCAGAACCGGAAUCGGGGCAAAUUGCGGUCAUGGGUGAAGGGUCAGAGGCCCAACCAACACCUAUGGCAGAAAGAGCCAUCUCAGAAGCGCCGGCCAAAGACCCUAAAGAUGAUGCACCGACACCAGAACCGCCAGCAAGCGUAUUGUCGUGGCGCAGGACCAAACGGAUUCGACCGAUAUCGAUGGAUCUUGAUAUCCAGCGGCCGCCAUCUGCGGACAGUACAAAAUCAGCUCCUGUAGAACAGAGCUUUGCCGCCCCCUCUAUCAAAGCAGGCGCCGAACAAGAGCUGCCUGCUUCAAAAUCACUGGCUAGGACAGAUUCUAAGAAGAAGAAACAGGCGCCUUCGAAGAAAGCCGUUACUGAGAGCGAGUCCGCCGUAAAGGAACCGCCCAAUGUGCUACUUCCGUCGUUUUCUAGCACCUACCAAAUGAAAGAGAACCCCUCUAUCCUGCGACAAAUUACGAAUCUCGUAUUACGAACCUCGCAACAACCCCCAAAUCAUGUCUUCCGUGUCAAAGAUACUCCAAAGAUCCGCAAAGCAGUUGCCAUUGGCGUUCAUGGUUUCUUUCCAGCGGCAUACCUACGUCCUAUGAUAGGCCAGCCCACAGGAACCUCUCUGCGAUUUGCAAAUCUUUGUGCUGAGGCUAUUCGCAGAUGGACUGAUGGCCAUGGCAGCCCCAAGUGCGAAAUCGAGAAGGUUGCCCUCGAAGGAGAAGGCAGAAUUAACGACAGGGUGGCAAAUCUGUGGAAGCUCCUACUAAACUGGAUUGAGCCGAUUCGCCAGGCUGAUCUGGUUAUCAUUGCUUGCCACUCCCAAGGAGUGCCAGUCAGCAUCAUGCUGCUGGAGAAGUUGAUUGAUCUGGGCGUGCUAACAGACACCAGAAUUGGCGUCUGUGCCAUGGCCGGCGUGGCCCUCGGCCCUUUCCCCGACUACAAGUCCAGCAUUCUUAUGGGCGCAGCAGCAGAGCUGUGGGAGUUUGGUGAUCCUCACAGCAACAACUCAAAAAGGUUCGAAGCCUGUCUCAAACGGGUAGUCGAUUUUGGAGCUCGUGUCACGUUUGUGGGCAGUAUUGACGACCAGCUCGUCCCUAUGGAGUCUGCUGUGUACUCGCCUGCAAACCACCCUUACAUCUACCGUGCCGUCUUCAUCGAUGGCCGAGUGCAUGCUCCUGAUUUCAUUUCCCAUCUGAUUGGAUUCGCACUCAAGCUUCGCAAUCUGGGCAUAUCCGACCACGGCCUUAUUCGUGAACUCUCUGUUGCCCUUGCCGGAUCACUCUACUCUGGCGAAGGACACUCACGUUUGUACUAUGACGCAGCCGUAUAUGACCUCGCCAUCGUACACGCUCUAGAGACGACUGCCACGGCACAGCCCACACCUUGCGAAAUUCCAAAGCGAGAGACAACACCUCUAGCUUCAUCCAAUCCCUAUGUCUUGCCAUGGAUCAUGCGCGGACUUUUGGAAGAGGAUUUUGUCAAGACGCAGCUCAGUGCCGAAACGGAGGAGCUGCUGAGACAAUUUGACGACUGGAAGCCAACGAACAAGGCACUCAAAGACGUAAAGUAUCGUCUAGAGGUCGUCCGUUCCAAACUAUAA